UACUCGCUCGCGGUUUGCACUGUGUGUGUGUGUGUGUGUAACGCUUGUGUAUAGACACACUCUGUGUCUUUGGGAUUGAAUGUCCUUUGCCAGGGACGUUAUGCGUCAAUGCGACUCUUUCUUUUCUUUUGUUCGUUGCAUUAUUUAGCCAAUUGCUGUUUCAUCGGGCAGUGUAUCUUUCCAGUUUAUGCUUAACAAAUGGCUUUUUCCUGCAAUAUCGAAAUUUUUACGCUUAUGCGAACGGAAUAAAAAUUCGGCAGAAUUAUGGCGCGUUCGCGUGUCAGUCAGUCAUCUAAGGCCGGUAUAACCCUAGAAAUUAAUUAUGGACGGAUUAUCGAGCGACGCUGCGGAUAUAGCGGGGGGUAUAAAUGACCCUACAGAAUGAAAAAAACACGAAAUGCGCAGAGUAAAAAUCGAUUGGGAACGCAUAAGUACACGUGUGGGCACGUCAAACUUUUAAUGAAUCAGCCGUGUAGUCGACAAUCUUUGCGGAGUAUAACAAGCGUAAAUAACGACGGCAAGUGCCGGAGUUUUCAAGAACGUCACUCAUUUCUCAUGUGGUCAAGGUUUACAGAGGCUGUUUCGGUUACUUUAUGUUAUUGUUCGUUUGAGGAAAAGAACAGGGAAAUAUUGCAAGUUUAAAUUAUUAUAUAAUUACGAAAGAUAAUACAAGAGAGAGAGAGAGAGAGAGAGAGAAAUAUCAUUCGACUUCGAAAGAAAUUGCGCACUUUUACUUGUAUCGUUUAGAAUUACAUCAAGUUAUUGGCUCUUACACCGGUGUGCGCCAACUUAUCUAUACUAUGCUGACUCGAGCACGUUUUUUUCGAUGUCGAAUUUCUCUGCGCUUUCGUCUUCCUGAACGUUCCAGAGGAGCGAAUUUUCAAAAGGAAUAUACAGCUGACAAUACAACGAGUAUAUCAUAAUUGUUGCUACAGAUGAGUCUCAGAAUAAGAGAGAUUCUCUAAACGCAUGUAUCAUCGUGUAUGAGUUAGCGAAAUUGAAAAUUAUAUCGAUUUCCACAGCGCCGGAGAGUAUAACACACACGAGAGAACUGACAGUUCGUGCGUUAUAUCCAGAGCUCAAAAUUCGAUUAGCCGGCGUCAAAUAAUCCGAUAAGCGAUAACGCUCGUCUAGCGCGCUGCACACACACACACACACACGAAUGCGAGAAUACUCUCGUGUCAUACAUUGUCGCAACUCGGCAAUAAGUGGCCGUAUAGCCUGGCGGAAGAUUUCGCAGCGCUGACGACAACGAAUAAAAGGUCUGCGAACGAUCGCAGGCCGCAGCACAGCCGUCUCUCUCCUUCUCCGCCUUUUGCUGCGGUGAGCGACAGCUGCAAGGAUAGGGGCCCCUUGCCGUCGUUGAAAAGCGUGUAUUCUCGUUCUCGGUUCUCGCUGCACUGCAGGCCUGAAUUUCUUAUUUCAAUACUUACUAAGCCUUGAUUUGAGCAUUUCCGGGCUGUAGGGCCACACGGAUAUUAUUUUUUCCCUGAACUCACAGCGAUAAUCGGCAUCGCAGCGAGGUGCAAGGUUAGCUCAGCUCGAUAAAAUACAAAAUAACGACCACAUGGCCGGACAUGCGAAUGUAAAUUAUCGCUCAAGUUAAUCGCCACACCGCAAUAGCUCUAUGUAGUAGACGCUACUGCUCGAUCAAACGCAACGUGGUUACGCCGCCGCGCGACGAACGCGAUGUGUUAUGAGUUUACAAAAUUGCCUCGUGAUUCAUCGCCUAUGAGCUGAAAAAGCCGAGGAGAUGAGAGAUGAAGGUGUCGUGGAACUCUCUCAGCGAAGAGUCAACGUAUCCAAAACACACACACACACACACCUGCAGUGCGAAAUCGGAGUAGUAGGUAUAUCUGCGGAGGCGUAUGUAAAAGCUGCGAUGUCGUCAUCUCGCGGAGGGGAAAAUAGGCGCGAGGGAAAACCGGACGCAGUCGGCACCGCUGGAAACUUACGAUGAAAUGCUUACACUAUACCAGAGAGCUGUAAUAGGAUUGUCGGCUCUUUGUGAAAGAUAUUCUUUUUUUUUUUCAUUAAACGGCUUAUAUAAAAUAAUGAUAUGCAGACGCGUUUUUUUUAUACACACAUCGGUUACAUAAAGUCAUAUUUGCAUGCUUUCCGUGUCGUGAUUCAUAUUUUAUACAUCUCACUUUUUUGCCAUUAAAAAUUUCAUCAUUCUAUAUAAGUAGAAGUUUGCUAAAUGGAGCAUUCCGUGCGGUAACGGUUAAUUUGAGCGGAAGUAAAAAAAUAGAGUAUGAUAAGCGACGUCCACCUGCACAUAUACCGAAGCGCUGAACUCUUCACCUACAUAUCGCCUUGCCCUGCAAUAAACCGCGAAUUUAAUCGCUAUACAUUCAAAUUCAUUUAAAUUCCAAACAAAUGCCCAUUGUCAAGAUAUAACAAUAAAAGCGUCCCAGUCGGCAGAGUCGUUCUCUUCCCCGAAAUUUUCCGCGUUAGUUUCCAGUCGGCGCGCGGGUGCACCACGACCGCGACGCAGCUACCUAACUGUCCUCUAACAUCGCAUCGAAAACGUGUCCACUAUACUCAGUAUUACUUAUAUGAACUAGUCGAUCGUGAGUGGUGGCUAGCGCGUUAUCGAAUGUGUACCGUUGCGGCGGCUAUACUCUCGCUCGCGCGGGCUCCACGUCGCGCUGCAGCAGCCAGAUCAUCGGCCGGCGGCCGCUACGAUCCACUUCCUACGCCAGUCUUUUGACCGCUGACGUCAAUGCAUCGUCGUCGUCGACGCUACAUCAGCCUCGCCUCCACCUCCUCAAACAUCAAGCUUGCAGCCGUCGGAGGAAUAUGAACAGGUGAAUUCGCAGGUCCGCGCCUCGUUCCUAACCUCUCAGAACCGGCCUCAUCCCCCUACUACCGCAGCAGCAAAACAACAUUCGACACUCGCGCGAGUUAUUAUGAUAAUCACUCUGUGUUCCUGGACGAGCUGAUCGCUUUAUCUCCUCGAUUCACUCAAGAUAUAAUAAUCGAGACGUAAGAUGUACAGCGGACAAUCGGUAUAUUGUUUGUUUACAACACUGUUGACUGUUCUUGUUACAUACGUGCCAACAACUGUUCACUCGCUCCAAGUUAUAUAUGCCAUCAAUGCUGGCGGAGAGGCACACACCGACAGCUAUGGAGUUCGUUACAUGAGGGAUCCUCUCAUGGGAAAAGUUGGCACGGCAUCCGACUAUGGCAAACAGUUGAUUAUUGGCAGAGUUAAUAGUAUAGACCAGAUAUUGUAUCAGACUGAACGUUAUCAUCACAGUACAUUCGGCUAUGAUAUACCUAUUAGCGAGGAUGGGGAGUACGUUAUGGUUCUUAAAUUCUGUGAAGUUUAUUUCAAUUCACCCAAUAUGAAGGUAUUUGAUGUUGUCCUCAAUGGGGAUCAUACUGUUGUGACUGACUUAGAUAUAUUUGAGAGAGUGGGUAGAGGCAUUGCGCACGAUGAGUACGUCCCAUUCAGAGUGCAAAAGGGCAAGUUGAUAUACAAUGAAGAAGAGUCGGAUAUUCUUGGUGGUAAAAUAAGAGUUGAAUUUAUCAAGGGAUAUCGAGAUAACCCCAAAAUUAAUGCUAUUGCUGUGAUCAAAGGAAAUAUCGAGGAUGUUCCACAAUUAGGGCCUAUUCCACAAGAACCCGAGGAGUAUCAUGGAAUCCAAGACGACGAAGAAGAGCCUAUUACUCGUACUAGGCAUACAAGCGGGCCUCGUACACCAAAUCCUUAUGCGGUAGAAAAUUCAUCUAUAUUGCUACCUGUAUUCAUUGCGAUUGGAGCUUUUAUUCCUCUGUUAUUUUGCCUUUGUAAGUUAUAGAAAGGCCAAGAAGAAAGUGUUUGUUGGAGAUAUUAUGUACUUAAAAUGAGAGUGCGUACACAAAACUAACUAUACACAAAGUGUUCUGUUUAGAUUGACUAUAAAGUACAUUAUUUCAAUUUCUUGAUUUAUCUCGAUAAAUUUUAUAUCGAUAUUUAUUAUUUAUUUCAUAAAACGCACGAUUAUUGUGUGAUAUUUUUUAUGUUAACUAUAAUACUUUUUUAUGUGCAAUUGAAUAAUUUAAAUAAGCGUGCGUGAAGCGAACGUACUGGCCUUAGACUUCUGAAACCUGUGGCACUAAACUGAUGUAAAAAAUGACUAAUAUCCAAUGUGUGUUUGUGUGAAGAAGAUUAUAAAAUGAAAUAUUUUGUCAAACACUUAUUGGAAUCAGGAGUUCCGAAUGACAGACUUGAAAAAUAAAAUUGUUAUAUUACUAUUA